AUGCCCGUCGCCCCCGCCGCCCCGCUGCUUCAGCUGCUGCUCCUGCUGGGGCCGUGGCUCCAGGCUGCGAGCGUCGUGGAGCCGCCGCUGCCCGCCGUGGUCCUUACCGUCCUGGCCCGCAAUGCCGAGCACUCACUGCCCCACUACCUGGGCGCGCUGGAGCGGCUGGACUACCCCCGGGCCAGGCUGGCCCUCUGGUGUGCCACGGACCACAACAUGGACAACACCACGCAGAUGCUGCAGGAGUGGCUGGUGGCUGUGGGUGACCACUAUGCGGCUGUGGUCUGGAGGCCCGAGGGGGAGCCCAGGUCCUACCCAGACGAAGAGGGGCCCAAGCACUGGACCAGAGAAAGGCACCAGUUUCUGAUGGAGUUGAAACAGGAAGCCCUGACCUUUGCUAGGGACUGGGGGGCUGACUACAUCCUGUUUGCAGAUACAGACAACAUUCUGACCAACAACCAGACGCUGCGGCUUCUGAUAGAGCAGGGGCUGCCCGUGGUGGCCCCGAUGCUGGACUCCCAGACCUACUACUCCAAUUUCUGGUGUGGGAUCACGCCCCAGGGCUACUACCGACGCACAGCAGACUACUUCCCCACCAAGAACCGCCAGCGCCGGGGCUGCUUCCGGGUCCCCAUGGUCCAUUCCACCUUCCUGGUGUCCUUGCGGGCUAAGGGGGCAGCCCAGCUCGCCUUCUACCCCCCUCAUCCCAACUACACCUGGCCCUUCGACGAUAUCAUCGUCUUCGCCUAUGCCUGCCAGGCCGCUGGGGUUACGGUCCAUGUGUGCAAUGAACACCGUUACGGGUACAUGAACGUGCCUGUGAAAUCCCACCAGGGGCUGGAGGAUGAGAGGGUCAACUUCAUCCACCUGAUCUUGGAAGCACUAGUGGACGGGCCCCCCAUGUGGGCCUCAGCGCAUGUGUCCCGGCCCCCAAAGAGACCCAGCAAGAUGGGGUUUGAUGAGGUGUUUGUCAUCAGCCUGGCCCGCCGGCCCGACCGCCGUGAGCGCAUGCUAAGCUCGCUCUGGGAGAUGGAGAUUUCUGGGCGGGUGGUGGAUGCUGUGGACGGCCGGACACUCAACACCAGUAUCAUGAGGAGCCUCGGCGUGGACCUGCUCCCUGGCUACCAGGACCCCUACUCGGGCCGCACACUGACCAAGGGCGAGGUGGGCUGUUUCCUCAGCCACUACUCCAUCUGGGAGGAGGUGGUUGCCAGGGGCCUGGCCCAGGUCCUGGUGUUUGAGGACGACGUGCGCUUUGAGAGCAACUUCAGGGGCCGACUGGAGCAGCUGAUGGAGGAGGUGGAGGCAGAGAAGUUGCCAUGGGACCUAAUCUACCUGGGCCGGAAGCAGGUGAACCCCGAGGAGGAGGCCGCCGUGGACGGGCUGCCACAUCUGGUGGUGGCCGGAUACUCCUACUGGACCCUGGCCUAUGUCUUGAGACUGGCAGGUGCUCGCAAGCUGCUGGCCUCUCAGCCCCUGCGCCGAAUGCUGCCUGUGGACGAGUUCCUGCCCAUCAUGUUUGACCGGCACCCCAAUGAGCAGUACAAGGCGCACUUCUGGCCGAGAGACCUGCGUGCCUUCUCCGCCCGGCCCUUGCUCGCUGCCCCCACCCACUAUGCAGGGGACGCUGAGUGGCUCAGCGACACGGAGACAUCCUCGCCCUGGGAUGAUGACAGCGGCCGCAUCAUCAGCUGGAGUGGCUCUCACAAGACCCUGCGUGGCCCCCGCCUGGACCUGGCUGGCAGCAGUGGGCACAGCCUCCAGCCCCGGGAUGAGCUCUAGAGCCAGGCGGUGACUCCAGAGGAACACCCAGGAGCAGGCUGUAGCUGGCCAGGGAGGAGAGUUGGAAAUAGCUGCAGGAACCACCACCAAGAGCCACAGACCCCACAGAGACCCAACUGUCACCUUAGGCAUGGCCACUCUGCCCUCUGGCCCCAUCUUGCUUCAGGAGAAACCACUCUGAGAUGGGUCCCCUUCCCUGAAGGUCAUGUAGAGAAAAGGCAGGGCUCACAGGCCCUCUCACCCUGCCCGGCCUGACUCAGGGCCUGGGGUGGAGGGAAGGAGGGGGGGCUCCCCAGCCUUUGGUUUCAAGCUGGACAGACACCAGGAGCCCUGCCCUCUCCGCGGACCCAACUGCUGGGGCCCCUCCACCACCUUCUACCUCCACCUCAGCCCCCUCCCCACUCAACACCUGGGUCUCAGCUGCCUGGGCCCAUCCUCUCCCCCUGGCCACUGGGAAGUGCAGGGAGGUGGGAGGAGGGCCCUGGCAGACCUGGUGCCCAGCACAUAGUAAGCCCUCAGUAAAAGCCAGCUGGUAUUUGCGCUUUAUAUUUUUAA